AUGUCGAGUCGUCAUUCCCGUAAUCUUAGUGCUUCACUUUAUGUUCGUGGACUGUCGGAAAAAACUCGUUAUGAAGAUUUGAAGAAACUUUUUACUCGAUAUGGACGUAUUGUUGAUAUAACACUUCCUGUGGAUUAUUAUACACGAGAUGCUAAAGGAUAUGGUUUUGUUGAAUAUGAAGAAAGUCGUGAUGCUGAAGAAGCACUUCAUGCUCUUGAUCGUUAUCGAUUACUCGGUCGAGAAAUAGAAGUUGAGUUUGCAAGAGGCGAUCGUAAAACACCGUCCGAGAUGAGAUCACGAGAAAAAGAAGCACGUUACGGACGUGGUGGUGGUGGCGGAGGAGGCGGUGGCGGCGGUAACUUUGGCCGACGUGAUCGAUCACGAAGCCGUGAUCGUCGCCAACGAAGUGGUUCACCAGUAGCUAGAGACCGUCGUCGUGGCGGUGGUGGUGCCGGUGCUGGAGCUGGUAGUCGAUCUCGUUCACCGUAUUCGCGUUCACCUGUUGCUCGACGCCCAGCUAGCCGUUCACGUUCAAAAUCAGGUUCACCAAGUUAUGGCAAACGAAAUGGUGCUGCUGGUGGCAGUGCUGUUCGUCGUGGAAGUCGUUCAAGAUCACCCGCCGAUAAUUAA